AGUGUGCAUCGGAGUGCGGAUGACGGUAGACGUGACCAACUGAAGACUCCUUGGUGACCAGUGUCUAAAUUCUGGAGAUUCUGAGUGCGAGUGAAAAUGUUCUCCUAUCAAACCAUGCAAGUUCCCCCUUUGGAAUCAUAUUUGGCUCCCAUGACCUAUCGUACCAGUGAUGUUCAAGCUCCCCUGGAUCUCUCUCUGAGAUCUUCUGGACCCAUAACACCUCCAUCAACACCUUCACCACCUAGAAAGCGAAUGCGGGCCCAGGAUGCAAAUCAGCAACCAAUUGCUGAAGAGAGUGAAACUCUUCCUGAGGAAUUCUGGCGCCAUAGAUUUGGCUACUUCGACGAAGAGAGCCUACGCCCAAUCCUAGGCAAUACCUCUCUCAGCAAUCGACUUCUAAAGGCCUCUUCUUUCGUGGAUUACUUCCUCCAAGACACUCCAAAAGCUUCCAAGGAAGACUCUCAUGCAACAUCAACAGAAGAGGAGGAAGUCUUCGUAGACAUAACCAGUCCUGAUGACAUUAACAUUCAGGAAAUUGCCACUGAACCCCCAGAAGACAUACUCACAGAUGACGAGGAGGAAGUCAGCCUAGAUGACAAAUCCGAUUCAAUAAUUGAUGUUUGUGACUCGGUGCCAUAUAUCCAGGAAAUAGGGAAUUACCCAUCAAAACCAGUCGAUGCGGAAGAUGAGGAAGAUGAAGAGGAACGCGAGCAAAUGGGAAUACUAGAUAAGGGGAAACUGUGCUUCAAAAACAAAGUCUAUCACCACCAAGCGAUUGAAGGAUUUGCCAAGCUUUUUGAAAAGACUUUCGAGACUUUACCUGAGGAUUCAAGCCUCCCAAAAAUUCCCGAAGAGCCUUCGAUAAAUUCUCAUCAGUCAGGUAAUGUUAGGAAUGAGAUAAAGAAGAGGAUGAAGCUGAGGAAAGCUACUUUCGAUGAGGAUAACACGAGUCCUGUAUCUGGCACUAUCAUCCGGAAGUUACGAGAUGAUGAGGAACUCGUUGUUAGGAAGGGUGAUAUAGAUCCGGCCUUCAAUGUGGUGGAGAUCACAGAUGAAGCUAAACAAUUGCUAGCAAAGAUCGACAACAAAAUCGGAUCAUAUAUUUGUCAGCUCUGUCGGAUUAUGUAUGAAGAUGCCUUCCAGUUAGCUCAGCAUAGGUGCUCUAGGAUUGUGCAUAUUGAAUAUCGGUGCUCAGAGUGUGACAAAGUGUUCAACUGUCCUGCUAAUUUGGCCUCACACAAGAGGUGGCAUAAGCCAAGAGCUCCAAAUGGAAGUCAAUCAAAAAAGCCCCUGCCAUCUACUCCAAAGGUUGUUAAACCACAGUCCCAGGAAAAUUCAUCUUCACCCCUGACGACUAGCUACGAGACCAAUUGUACCACAGAUGUAUCACAAGAUGCCAGUUUUCCGUGCUCUCUGUGUGGAAAAAUAUUCCGACGGCAGCCCUACCUGAAGAAACAUAUGCAAUCGCAUCAGGAAAUGUAUCCGGAGAGUCAAAACAAUUCUUCACUUUCCACGGCUGAUCCCUUGGGAAUCUACAAGAAGACAACAUUUCCUCUACAGCAUCCUCCUUCACGCCAAUUGGGAUAUGACUACUCCCGGUAUUACAAUCUCAAUCACAUGCAACUGGAUGACAAAAGGAGAUUCUCAUCAAUUAGUCAACUCUACUACCAGCAACGUGAGAGGUAUUCUUCAGCCUUCCAGUUUGUUCGCAACCAAGCAUUUGAAGCUUUCAAUCUCAAAAGAUCAUUUGGCGGAAUUUCACCCAAUUUGAUGAUGUCACCAGACAAAUGACAACAAAUUCUGAGGCCAGUACCUCGUCUGGCCACUCCAUGGUCAACCCAGCCACCUCCAACCCAAACACAGUCAACACCCUUUUCCCCGAAUUACGUAGCAAUGCAGAAUCCCUAUUGAAAUUAUCACACGUAUCUUUAUACUCCGAGAGUCUCCCUUAAAAUUAGCAAAAAUAAUCGUGUAGUAAAUUAAUUGAAGAUACAAUAGAUUAUGGGAAGCCCUAAAAGUUUCUAAUAGCUUUCCCCCUACCAAGAAAUAUGUUGCUUGUUUACCACAAUUUUAAGUACUAAUUUAUAUUGUGAUAUUAUGUACAUAAGAGAUUUAUUCGCAAUAAAUGGACAUUUAAAAUUCUAUCUACAAGAAUU